AUGCCUUCUUUGCCAGCUCCUUCUCCACGGGGACUGCAGCCCGCGAUACUGUUCAGCCCCCAACCCCAAACUUCCUGCGCCAGCUGCUUCGCCAAACGCACUGUGGGUGGGAGCUCAGACGUGGAGUUGCCGGGUGGAGAAGACGCCCCGGAUUUCCUGUGCUUGAAGAACAUCCGUACCUUCCUUAAAGUCUGCCACGAUAAAUUUGGACUGAGAAACAGCGAGCUGUUUGACCCCUUUGACCUCUUCGAUGUCCGAGACUUUGGGAAGGUCAUCUCUGCCGUGUCCAGACUCUCGCUGCACCCCGUGGCACAGAACAAAGGGAUCAGGCCCUUUCCCUCGGAGGAGACCGCCGAGAAUGAUGACGAUGUCUACCGCAGCCUGGAGGAGCUGGCAGAUGAGCAUGACCUGGGGGAGGACAUCUACGACUGCGUCCCGUGCGAGGACGAGGGCGACGACAUCUACGAGGACAUUAUCAAGGUGGAGGUGCAGCAGCCCAUGAUAAGAUACAUGCAGAAAAUGGGCAUGUCCGAGGAGGACAAGAGGAACUGCUGCUUGCUGGAGAUUCAGGAGACUGAGGCCAAGUACUACCGAACCCUGGAGGACAUCGAGAAGAACUACAUGACGCCUCUGAGGCUGGUGCUGAGCCCGGCGGACGUGACAGCCAUCUUCAUCAACCUGGAGGACCUGAUCAAGGUGCAUAACAGCUUCCUGCGGGCCAUCGAUGUGUCCAUGAUGGCAGGGGGCAGCACUCUGGCCAAGGUCUUCCUCGAUUUCAAGGAAAGGCUUCUGAUCUAUGGGGAGUACUGCAGCCAUAUGGAGCAUGCCCAGAGCACGCUGAACCAGCUUCUCGCCGGCCGGGAGGACUUCAGACAGAAGGUCGAGGAAUGCACGCUGAAGGUCCAGGACGGGAAGUUUAAGCUUCAAGACCUGCUCGUGGUGCCCAUGCAGAGGGUCCUGAAGUACCACCUCCUUCUGAAGGAACUUCUGAGCCAUUCCACUGAUCGGCCCGAGAGGCAGCAGCUCAAAGAAGCGUUGGAAGCCAUGCAGGACUUAGCAAUGUACAUAAACGAAGUUAAACGGGACAAGGAGACCCUGAAGAAAAUCAGCGAAUUUCAGAGUUCUAUAGAAAACUUGCAAGUGAAACUGGAGGAAUAUGGGAGGCCGAAGAUCGACGGGGAGCUGAAGGUCCGGUCCAUAGUCAACCACACCAAACAAGAUAGGUACUUGUUUCUGUUCGACAAGGUGGUCAUUGUCUGCAAGAGAAGAGGCUACAGCUAUGAGCUGAAGGAGGUCAUCGAGCUCCUCUUCCACAAGAUGACCGACGACCCCAUGAACAACAAGGACGUCAAGAAGUCUCAUGGGAAAAUGUGGUCCUAUGGCUUCUAUUUAAUUCAUCUCCAAGGGAAGCAGGGCUUCCAGUUCUUCUGCAAGACGGAGGACAUGAAGCGGAGAUGGAUGGAACAGUUCGAGAUGGCCAUGUCCAACAUCAAGCCCGACAAGGCCAACGCCAACCACCACAACUUCCAGAUGCACACCUUUGACAAGACCACCAACUGCAAAGCCUGCAGAAUGUUCCUCAGGGGCACCUUUUACCAGGGCUACCUGUGUACCAAGUGUGGUGUCGGGGCACACAAGGAGUGUCUGGAGGUGACUCCUCCCUGCAAGAUCAGUUCUCCUGCAGACCUGGAUGCCUCUGGAGCAGGACCGGGUCCCAAGAUGGUGGCCGUGCAGAAUUACCAUGGCAACCCAGCUCCCCCCGGGAAGCCAGUGCUGACCUUCCAGACGGGCGAUGUGAUCGAGCUGCUGCGAGGCGACCCCGAGACUCAGUGGUGGGAGGGUCGGCUGGUGCAAACCAGGAAGUCAGGCUACUUUCCUAGCUCGUCUGUGAAGCCCUGCCCCGUGGACGGAAGGCCGCCCAUCAGCAGGCCGCCAUCCCGGGAGAUCGACUACACCGCCUACCCCUGGUUUGCAGGCAACAUGGAGAGACAGCAGACCGACAACCUGCUCAAAUCGCAUGCCAGCGGGACCUACCUAAUCAGGGAGCGGACGGCCGAGGCAGAGCGCUUUGCCAUAAGCAUCAAGUUCAAUGACGAGGUGAAGCACAUCAAGGUGGUGGAGAAGGACAGCUGGAUCCACAUCACGGAAGCGAAGAAAUUCGAAAGCCUCUUGGAACUGGUAGAGUACUAUCAGUGCCACUCACUCAAGGAGAGCUUCAAGCAGCUGGACACCACGCUCAAGUACCCCUACAAGUCAAGGGAGCGUGCAGCCUCCAGGGCCUCCAGCCGGUCCCCAGCUUCCUGCGUCUCCUACAACUUUUCUUUUCUCAGUCCUCAGGGCCUCAGCUCUGCUUCUCAGGGCUCCUCCGCUCCCUUCUGGUCAGUGUUCACGCCCCGUGUCAUUGGCACGGCCGUGGCCAGGUACAACUUCGCCGCCCGGGACAUGCGGGAGCUCUCGCUGCGGGAAGGUGACGUGGUGAAGAUCUACAGUCGCAUUGGUGGGGACCAGGGCUGGUGGAAGGGCGAGGCCAACGGACGGAUCGGCUGGUUUCCUUCAACAUACGUAGAGGAGGAGGGCAUCCAGUGAUGGCGACGACAUGGACGGGACUCGUGGGUUUUCUUGGAAGAGUCCAGCUCUGAAGUCUGUCUCUAGCCCUGUGACGCAGAGAGGGACAUGCCCGCCAACCUUCCAGUCUUCAACAGCCCAUAGGGAUGGGGAGGGUGUUCAAAAUCCUAAACGCGAACCGGCCCACCGUCCGCCUGCCCUCGGUGGCCUGUCCUGGGUACGCCACUUGUACAUAGAGGCGAGUUGGGCCAGCCCUGCCGUGGCUGCCACCACCAGAGCGCUAAGGAGAGGGAGUGCCAGUGGCGUUCUGAGCCGGGCUCUGGGUGACAGCUGAGGCCGGAGCUCAUCUUGCCCCUGUCCUGUGGAGAUGGCAUUCGAGAACCUAGGUUUGAACAGCAGGUGCCCUCCCGGGGAGGGCUGGGACAGCAGAGGGGACCCUCCCCCAGCCCCUUCUGCUCAGCCCUGAUGCCCAGCCCGCCUGCUUCCUGCUGCUCCCGAGGGGAAGCUUUGGGCCUAGAGAGUCAGAAGGGACCAGAGCCAGGCCGUUUGCUGCAGCCCCAGCUCAGCCCCAGCUGUGUUCGGGUGUAGGAGAGAGCAUUGCUAGGGGGUCUGUGCGGGCCCCUUGACCUCCCCAUGGCCCUCUGCACUAGGGGUGUGCAGACAGCCCAGGGCAGGUCCCUCUCUCAGGAGGGAGCCUUACGGACGAUGAAGUUGCCGACCCUGCCCCCAGUCAGUGGUACUGUCCUUUGCCCUGAGGGUGUGUCUGUCCUGUCCUGCUGCCGGCUGGAUACACCUUUUGUAAAUCCUGAUAUGGGUGAGAAGAAAACAGAGUUUUCCCCUCGCUCGGUCCCUGCUGCUCACAUUCCCCUCCAGGAGGAGGCCCCCCAGCAGGUGGCCCCUCUGGGUCUCCCAUGUCCUGCAGGGUGGCUCCGGGGGGGCUUCCCAGCUUUGGCACAGAAUGUUAGUUCUAGCCCUUGGCAAGUCUUCCUCCUGCAGCCCAUGAACUGGGCCUGUGGCCAGCUCGAAAUAAGUGCUCUUGGGGGUGGCCUUACCCCCUGAACUCUCCCUCCUGCCUCCUCCUGGCCUUUAAGCUCUGGCUGUCUUGUCCAGACCCUUUUACUCUGCCUGGAUGUUGCAGGAGACCUAAGGAUGCCGUCUCCCUGCGGGCUCCGUGCCACAGCUGCUGGAGAAACCCAGGCUACACGUGUCCCCUGUCCCUUGUUCGGCUGCCCUGCCCUGUGCAGAGGGAGGAGACUGGGCAAGGCCGGGCCUGGGGAAGGCUAGCCCCUCCUGGGGUGGGUGCUGGUUGCCACUCUGCACUCCUGGGCUUCCUCUGAAGUCAGCCGUGUGGCCUCCAGGCUCGGUUCACAAGCCCUGUGUCCCAGAAUGGGGCAGUGGUGGGGGGCGGUCGGGGACGGUUAGCAGCAAGGGCAAGAGAGGAGGUGGCCUGCAGCGGCUUGAGAAGCCGGGGUGAACAGGAUCAUGUCUGGGGGCAGAGGAGCAAGGGGAGGGAAGCAAAGAGCUGGUCUUGGAGAGAGCAGCCCCCAGUCCCCAUCAUCAGGGUGCACCCAGCACUUUGCGCACAACCCGGGGCUCGGCCGGCCCGGCCAUGAGCCUGGGGUGGGGGGAAGAACCAGCCAGCCCCUUUCAUGUUUACUGUUGUCAGAAAGAUUUUGUUUUUGUUGUUUUGUUUUUGGUUUGGCUUGUUUGUUUUUUAAGGGAAGAAGACAGUUUGUAAUUAUUUCAUCCAAAGCUCCCGUUAUAUAUCUGUGAAUAAUAAGGAAGAUAUUUUAUAAUAGCAAGAAAAGGAUGUAUAUUUGAGGUCAUCGUGAAACAAGUCAUCAUGACCACGAAAGAUACUGAGGAAACAAGUCGGAACCCUGGUUUUUGUGAAUGUUUUGUUUUGUUUUUGUUUGUUUGUUUUGAAACAUGUAUUUGGUUUGGUUUGGUUUGACACUGCAUGAGGCAGGAGGGGAGGCGGGCCGGGGGCAGGCUGGGAAGCGGGUGGUUUCAGCAGGAGAUAGGAGGCCCUCUGGAGGGGCUUUGGACCUGGGGGCCUGAGAUUAGCUGUGAACACUUAGGAGCCCGAUGCAUGCGGGUCAGGGAUCUGGGGGUCCCACAGCUGGUGAUGACCCCAAAUGGAACACAAACUGUACAUUUGCCACUAGGUUUUUUCAGACCACAGUUUUUAUUGCAAAUAAACCGAAGUUCUUUUCUGCA